GUGCUCUCGUUGACUUCAAGGCCUUUCUCGACAGCAGUCUCGACACGACAAAUCCAGACGCAAAUGAUGAUUUAGAGAUAGAGCAUGUGACUCAAGUAGUUCUAAAGCAGCUUCAGGGCACGACCAUUGUGGAGGUGGAGGCAAAAUGUCCAGGGUUCUGGACCUCCGUUAUCCACGCUCACGCGCACGCGGCGAGGCUAAUUGCUGCGGGCGCUACAGAACAGGGCACAGUUGAUAUGCUCAGUUGCACUUCAAUUCUGGGGUGGGGGCUCUUCGACCGUGACCCGGCGCUCCCGACGCUGGCGCUCGCCAUCCUCCGCGGCGACCUUCUAAACGUCUACGCCCAGAUUCUGGCGGCCAUACGCUUUGGAGCAGCCGUGGAAAUUGACAACGGAGACUGCUGUGCGAGCAGUAGCGGGCGCAAGGCAGGCGCUGACGGCAGCAGCGCGUUCCGCGUGGCUAUGUGUGUCAUGGGAACCCUGCAUCGGACGCUUGUGGAGCUCUUGUUGGCCCUGGAGGCGGACGCUCCUGGCGGACCCGCCUUUGCCGAGCUGCUUGAGUCCCUGGCUCGCAGCGGUGUGUUGGAGCAGCAGGCCGCGACGGUGCUGAGGCUGGAGCUGGCGCUAGCGGCCGUGCUGGAAGGGGCGGCAGCACCGGGCGGGCCCGACGGAACAGCUUCUGCAUGGCAUGCAUGGGAACCCGCGCGCCAUGGCCCGCAGGAUCCAGAUCUCAAUCUGAUGUCAAACUUGAUUGCAGAUCUGGGUUUGAUGGAAGAGCAGCUGGCGCCGGUGCCGGAGUUCAGAGGCGGCGCCGCCGCCGCCGCCUGUGGGGGUGGCGCGUGGGAGCAGUGGCUGCUUGAAUACCGUCAGCAGCGGGCGAAGCGUGUGCAGGCGGUGACUGCCCAGAUGGAGGCAGCGCUGAAGGAGCAAGCCCGGGUACUUGCUCGUGCUAAUCAGCCAGUCGUCGCGAUGUGGGUUGGCAGCCUCCGAACGCUCCUCGCCAACCUGUGCUGUCUGCUGAGCCGGCCACAGCCGCAGCCGCAGGCUCCCAGCAGGCUUCCCACCGAGCAGCAACACCACCAGCAGCAACAGCAACAGCAACAACAGCCACAGCCACAGCAGCAGCAACAGCAGCAAGCGCAAGAGACAGAGCCGGAGCAGCAGGGGCAACAGCUGGGUGCAUGGCAGGCGCCGGCACCCGCCGCAGCCGGCGCCUCGCAAGGCCGCGCGCAGCCGCAGGACCUGAUCCGCCGCAUCCUGUCCGGUCCUGCGCUGCAGUGGCUGUCGCUGUCCGCCCUGCAAAAGGACCGCUGCCGGGAAGGAGCCGCGCGGCCGCGCUCGGAGCAGGCAGCCGCGGACCCGCAGCAGCAGCAGGCGGGCCCGCGGCGGCAGGAGAGGUGGCCGCAGCAGCCGCCACAGUCGCAGCCGCAGCGGCCGCAGCAGCGGCCGCAGCAGCCGCAGCAGCGGCCGCAGCAGCCGCAGCAGCGGCCGCAGCAGCCGCAGCAGCCGCAGCAGCCGCAGCAGCCGCAGCCGCAGCUGCAGCUGCAGCAGCCGCAGCCUCCACAGCCGCAGGAGGGGGUGCGGCGGCAGGCGGAACAGCGGGAUGGCGCAGCGCCAGCGGCAGCGCCAGGCAGCAACAGCGGCGGUGUUGGCGGUGUCGGCGGCGUCGGUGGCGCUGCGGAGGAGGCGAGCAACCUAAUGGGGGAUGGCGGGCAGGAUUGCGCGUUGGAGGCGGCAGUGCGCAUCUUCGCCUUCUGUCCGGCGUCGGAGCUGCUCACACGCGCGGCGGCGGCGGCUGCACGAGAGCAGCUGGAGCAUCGGAGGCAGGGAAUCCGGGGGCAGGGGCGGCAGGAGCAGCAGGACCAGCGGCAGCAGGAGCGGGGCCAGGGACAGGAGCAGGGACGGCUGGAUGGCGCCCGGUACCUCUACACGGCCUUGCGCCGGUGCCUGGAGCGGGAGGCCAGGGCCCUGCUGGCAUUGCAGGUGGGCGGGGGCGCGUCCGGCGCUGGGGCCACCCCUCGCGCGGACGUUAGCUGCUACCCGUGCUGGCUGGGGCUGCGGCUGCUGGUGCGGCUGUGGGCGCAGCUGCGGCCGGCGCAGGCGGCGGCGCGGCUGCCGGGGCUGUGGGCGGUUGUGGCGGCGUUGCUGCGAGGCCUGCCCGGUGACAGGCCCGGCUGCAGCGCCCACCUGCCUGUGCUGUACGGAUUGGCGGACGUGUUGACGUCGCCAGUUGAGCCGGCGGCGCCUGCGGCGGCGGGCCCACCAACCGCACCGCGGCGGGCAGCAGCAGCGGUGGCUGCUGACCAGACAACCGGCCAGCCGGCAGCAGCAGUACCAGCUCCGGAAGUGGAGGUGGGGGCCGGCAGCGGCGGCAGUAGCAUCACCACGCUCGACACCAGCGGCUGCAGCUACAGCCUGCGCUGCGCGCUGGACGCGGGGCUGCUGCCGGCGCUGGAGGCGCUGCUGCGGCGGGCGAUGGCGGGACUGGCGGCGGCACCGGCGGCUACGGUGGCGGGCAGUGAUGCAGGUCGCGACGCAGAGAGGCGCCUGCGCGAUGCAUCGGCCGCCAUCCUUGCGUUUGAAACGCUACUGUGUCAGUCGGGCGUGUGGCCCGCGGUGCUGGCGCACGCGGCUGCGGAGGAGGUGGUGCCGCUGGUGGCGACACUGGCGCGGGCGGCGGCGGUGGCCGUGGAAGCGGCGGCGGCUGCGGAACCAGCUGCUGGUGCGGCGGCGGCUGAAAGGAAUGCAAGGAAUGCAAGGGAUGCAAGGGAUGCUGAGGGUGGCAGUGUUCUGCCGUUGCAGCGGCUGGCGGGGCGGCUGUGUGUGUGCUUGGCGGCGCUUCUGGAGCGGCAGCAGGCGGUGUCUGUGUUUAUGGUGGUGUUGCAGCAACAGCGCGGAUUAGGAGAACGCGCGACAGCGGCGGCGGGGCCGCGCCAGCCAGCAGGCACUGGUGGCGGCGUCGGUGGCACCGGCACCGACAGCGGCAGUGGCAGCGGCAGCGGCAGCGGCAGCGGCGGGGAGGACCCGCUCGCCCUCAGCAACUGGCUUUGCCGCAACCGGCCCACGGACGCAGGAGCCUGGAGGCAGGUGGGACUCGCGGCCGGCGGCUGCGCGUGGGUGGCUGCUGCUACUGCCAGUGCUGCUACUACCGGUGCUGCUACUGCCGGUGCUGCCACAGCGGGGGCUGCCACUGCCGAUGCUGCUACUGCCGGUGCCGCUGCUGCCGGUGCUGUCGCCUCUGUGGUGGCGGACACACAGGCACCAGGGACCCUGUCCGGAGCGGAGCCGGCUACGGCACAGCCGCGGCCGCCGCCACCGCAACGGCCGCCGCUGCCACAGGUGCCGCGACCGCCGCUGCCACAGGUGCCGCGACCGCUGCUGCCACCGGCAGCGGCAGAGGCAGCUGCGGUGCAGGCGCAGUCGUCGCAGGCGCCGCCAUGGCCGCAGGCGCAGUCGCCGCCCCGGCCGCAGCUGCUGGCGGACUGGGCGGCGGAGGCAGCGGCAGAGGCAGCUGCGGUGCAGGCGCAGUCGUUGCAGUCGCCGCCCCGGCCGCAGCUGCUGGCGGACUGGGCGGCGGAGGCAGCGGCAGAGGCAGCUGCGGUGCAGGCGCAGUCGUUGCAGUCGCCGCCCCGGCCGCAGCUGCUGGCGGACUGGGCGGCGGAGGCAGCGGCUGCGGCAGCUGCGGUGCAGGCGCAGUCGUUGCAGUCGCCGCCCCGGCCGCAGCUGCUGGCGGACUGGGCGACGCUGCAGUGGCUGCCGGUGCUGAUGAGCGCCGGCGCCGUCAAGCUGGCGGCGGCGGAGCUGGCCCGCGAGGGCAACCCGGCGCCCAUGCAUGCGGCCGUGUGUGAGCCGCUGCUGGGUAGCCGCCUGUCCCGCAGCCUGGCGCGGGUGUGUCGCCACUUCGUCGCGGCCGUGUGGUAUCACAGCCGCUCUCCACACACUGAACAACAGCGGGGCCGGGCGCCGCCGGGGGAGGGGCAGCAACUGCAGGAGGUGACCGAAUCGGAUGUCGCCGCGUUCCUGCUGUCACAGGCCGAGCAAAUGGCGUGGUCGUGGAAGGUCCUCGUUGGCGGGAAAGCGUCACGCAUGAACCUGGGGGACGGGCUGCAGCGGGCGUGCUGCAACUUCCACAUGGCACAGGCAGCCCUGACCUGUGCCCGCACGCAGCGGACUGCGGGUACGGCGGCGGCGCGGGCAGCGGGCGACUGUGGAGCCGAUGCUACUGACGCCAAUACGGGCGGCGCUGGCGUUGCUGGCACGGGCACGGGCGCAGAUGUGCGCGGCGGCUCCCAGGCACGCCCCAGCGGCGGCCGCGGCGGCGGCGGCAAGUGCUGCGGUGAGGUUGAGGCGCUUGGAGGUGUGGACGCUGGCCGCCUUGCGCUCGAGACUGCCGCCGAGGUGAUGGACUUGGCGGAGCUAGCAGCCGUGGACGCCUGGUUUGAAGCAGAGGCGAUGAUGAUCAGGCGGACGGGCGAUGCGGGCGCUCACGCUGUUGACGGGGCGUAUGCAUUUCUCGAGCCUUUUAGCGCCAAGGAAAAGGGUGCGCGGCUGGUGCGGUCCCUGCAGCGCUACGGCCUGCGCCGGCGGCCGGGUCUGGAGGCGUUUCUGCUGAUGCUGUCUGGGCAAGAACAGCAGCAGCAGCAGCCUGCAGCAGCUGCUGCAGCGGCGACGACAGCCGCAGCGCCCGCAGCAUCGGGGCCGGCGGCCCGGGGCACGAAGGCGCAGCAGCGGCGCGGCGGCGGCCAGUCCCAAGCGGCGGCGGCGGCGGUUGCAGCAUCGGCGGCGGCGGUGGCGGUGGCGGCGAAGCGGGCAGAGCGGCAGGCGGCCGCUGUGGCGGUGUUGGACGAGCUGGCUGAGCGGUACGGGCUGGCGGGCCCGUCAAUGGAUUUAAGCGGUGCUGCCAUGCAGCUGUCUUUGCUGAAACCCGCCACUCUGGGGCAGAGGCUGCUGAUGCGGGAGUGCGAUGACUUUCCGUCGCGCGCUACACACGUGGCAGCGAAAGAGGCCCUGACGGCUUCUCUGCGCGCAAUCAAUCGCAUCAACGCGUAUCGCCCCCCGAACAGCGAGGGUCGCGCAGAUCUCUGCCGUAACCCCGCCUGCCGCAGCCUGGACGGCCCCAGCGCGCUCCUGCCGCCGGGCGCCGGCAAGGUGUGCGCGCGCUGCAAGGCGGUGCGGUACUGCUGCGGCGCAUGCCAGCUGGAGCACUGGCGACAGCGGGGCGGGCAUGCGACGGAGUGCCCUCACAUCAGGGUCCACUAUGAAGUAGGGCAGGAGGCGGCGGCCGAGUGCGCGGCUCAGGAGGCGCAGGGCGCCGAGACGACAGCGGCACAGGCGCCAGCGGCUCAGGGGGUGGCGGCGGCCGGUGAGGCGGCGGCUUAGGCGCAGGCGGCAGCCGUGGCGCUAGCGGUGCUCAGGAGGAGGCGGCGGCCGGGCCGGAGUACGAGGCCCUGAUGGGGUGGCGGCCGGUGUGUCGGCGGCUGAGGCAGGUGCAGGGCGUGCCGUACCUGGCCAGGUGUUGGGCUGCGGGCCGUCCUCGGCGUACUGUGGCCGGAAGAGGCUGAUCGGCUCCGCGAUCAUAUCUCCCACCUGCGCUGUGGUAGUUGUACCUCAAAUGCGCCGUGGGUGGGUGGACAUUCUUUGAGUUUGGGCAAGGGUGCCCCCUGAGUUUGGGGCCGCGCUUCUCCGGAGUGUAAUAAUGAUUUGGCGCGGAUGUGGCGGUAUCUGGCGGUAGUGCUGCUGCUGCGGGACGGCAGAUGUCAGGAAACAAUAUGCAGAACCCGUUGGCAAGGGACGUGUACGGGGGGGGGGUUCGGACAAGUUUGGGUGAUCUGAAGUUCCUGAUUUUACGGACAUGAUGUCGCAGGUUCCCGAUGGGCGCCCCGCCACACGGACGCCAUCCAGAUGCGACAGAGCGCGCCCUAGCCGCCCGCGAGGGGCGACCGCUGGAUGAGGAGUUGGGGGUUUCUAAUUUUACGAACGCGGGGUGGGACCAGGACUGACAUAGACGAGUUUCAGCAGGCUUCAGCUUGAGUGUGUGCGUUGCUGCGUUGGCGCUGUGUAUGAAAUUUCUGGAGCGUUGCAAGCAUCGCCGACUCAUUAGCAGCUUGUUGUUGGGCCCUGAGAGUUACGGUUACAAGUCGAUCACGGAUCAGGCGCGGCUCCGGGUCGAAAAGGUCAACUGGUCGGUCUGUGUGACAUAAACCAAUGCAAACGUAGUUUAAGCUGGCAAAGCUUGUAAUGUUGACAGGUAGCAACUGUCUCACAAGCUGUACAGUGCGUUGCUUUCAGAGUGG